UCUACAAACUGCUGGAUAUCUGGUUUCCUGAUAAAAAGCCCCUUCCCACUGCAUUCCUGGUUGACACAUCAGAGGAAGCCCUUCUGUUGCCUGAUUGGCUGAAAUUAAGAAUGAUCCGAUCUGAAGUCGCCCGAUUGGUUGAUGCAGCCCUACAGGAUCUGGAGCCCCAGCAGCUGCUGUUGUUCGUCCAGUCCUUUGGGAUCCCCGUCUCCAGCAUGAGCAAACUGCUACAGUAUCUGGACCAGGCCGUGUCUCACGAUCCUCAAACACUGGAACAGAAUAUCAUGGACAAAAACUACAUGGCUCAUCUAGUGGAGGUACAGCAUGAGAGAGGAGCCACGGGUGGACACACAUUUCACAGUUUACUCAGUACUUCACUUCCUCCGCACAGAGACAGCUCAGAGGUGAGCAGGGCUAAGGUUACUGUUGAAACGCCCCAUGGCUCUGUGAAGAUGAGAGCAGUGAGUCAGGUGCCAGUGAUCGGCCCAGAGGAUGAUCUCGCUGGGAUUCUACUGCAGCUCUUCCCUCUGAAGGUGGAUCCGCGCUGGCCGCCGCCCCCGGUCCGGCCAUUGUCAUUAGCUCUGCAGCAGACCCUGGCUCAAGAGGUGCUGCGGGCACGACAGGGUCACAUCCACCAGGGUGGUGCCACCGGGCGACUCCUACAAGCCUUUGCAGCCCUUCUAAACUCUACCCACGCUGGAGCCCUGGUCAUGGCAAUGCACCACAGCCAUACGAUCUCCUGCCCUCUACUGCGCCAACUCCAUCUUUACCAGCGUUUGGUCUCUCAAGAUGUUGGCUUCUCGUCACUGUUCUUCAACGCCGUUGUGCAGAUGUUGACGUGGUUGGAAAACUCGGCGGCAGAGACAGGGCCACUCCACAGCCUCCUGAAAUCUCUGGCAGCUCAGUACUCUCACAAACAUCGCAUCACAGAUGUUCGUACUGGAUUUCUCCAUUUGGCUGAAGCUCUGGCAUACAGACGGGACUCUGAAGUGGCAGUGAGGGGCAUUUUUGCCUCUUUGAGAGCUGGAGAAAAAUGCAACGCUGAACCUGAACUCAUACGAAAAGUGUUGCAGGGCCUCAUGGAGGUGAAGUCUCCGUAUCUAGAGGAGCUGUUGUCCCUGCUUAUGACCAUCGGUACGGAGACCGGAACCCCAGGACACACAGCGGGCCCAGUUGCCAUGGUGAUCUCUCUGCUGCUUCAGGAAACAGAGGAGCGAGGGGUGAAAAUAAAGGUGGAUUCCAAAACCACUGAGUUAAAGAAGCCUGGUUCUUGUUCAGGACUGUUGGUCGACUGGCUGGAGUUGCUUGACCCUGAGGUGACCUCUGUUUGCUCGGAUCUUCAGCAGAAGCUGCUUUUUGCUCAAAACAAGGCUAAAAGUGGUGUGAGUGUGGCCCCUUCCUACAGGCCGUACCUGUUGGCUCUCCUCACUCACCAGUCCAACUGGAGUACCUUACAUCAGUGCAUCAGCUCUUUGCUCAACAAGCACAGAGACCAGAGACUGGACCCAACCUCAGCUCUAGACUUCCUGUGGGCCUGCAGUCACAUUCCUCGCAUUUGGCAGGGGCGAGAUCAGAAAACCCCUCAGAAGCGUACGGAGCAGUUUGUGUUGAAGCUGUCUUCUGAAGAGCUCAUAAGCCUGGUGGACCUCAUCCUUUCUGAGUCAGAGCUGAGCUGCCAUGACUCAGCCACCUCCAAGAGCGCUUUGGACCAGGUCUCCUGCUCUCUUCUCCAGUCACGCUUGCCCCUGCUGCAUAGCUGUCUCCACUUAGACCUGGACAAUGUCAAGAAAGUCUCCGAGUACCUCAUCAGCUGUGUUAAGAAGUGGGGAGACAGUAUAAUGAGUAAGAGGUGUCAGACGCUGCUGCUACAGAUCUACCUGCACUUCCCAGAGGUCAUCCAACACAUCCACCUACCAGAGGCCACCCUGAGCGGUGAGGGGGCGGCAGACGGCAGCACCUGCAAGCUGGAUGUUCUCGUGCAUCGUCUCAUCACUCUGCUAGCUGACACAGGAGACUCCAAAUCAGCUGAGAACCGUGCGUCUGAUGCCAGUCUGGCCUGCAGGAAACUGGCCGUAUCUCACCCUGUGCUUCUACUCAGACACCUGCCCAUGAUCACUGCGCUCCUGCACGGUCGCAUCCAUCUGAACCUGCAGGAGAUCAGGCAGCAGAACCAUCUGACCUUCUUCAGCGAUGUUCUGGUUGUCCUAGAGCUGCUGCAGCCACUGGUUUUCCACUCUGACCACCAGAGGGCACUGCAGGACUGUCUGCUGUCCUUCAUCAAAGUACUGCAGAACUUCAAGAGAUCAUCCCGUAUGCCCAUCAUAAACAAAUUUGUACAGUUCAUCCAAAAGUACAUAACCCAUGAUGCAGCAUCUGCUGUGCCUUUCCUUCAGAAACAUUCAGAUGUGCUACAGGGACUAUCCACUGAGAAUCCGGACCUGGUGCAGCUCAAGUCUUUGCUCGCUGGACUGACUCUGCCUGUGAAGUCUGGUUCCUCUGAGAGCGCUGCUGAGGACAGAGACGCUGAGGAUUCGUCCUCUGGCUCCCUCCCUCUGGUCAACAUCGCAGCCUCCAUGCCGCUGACUGCGGCUGACAUGACUAAAUGCCUGAAGAAGAUCUCCAAAGGAGAAGCAAUUGAGGAUGUGUUUGAGGGGUUGACUGAAGUGGAUGAGAAAUCCAAAAGAAAUCCAGAAAUAAUUCAGUAUUUUGUUAAUGAUCUGCAGAGGUUGAUGAGUUCCCCUGAAGAAGUGUGCCGCAACAUGGCGUUCAGUCUGGCCCUGCGGUGCAUCCAGAACAUCCCCAGUAUGGCUGCUGAAUUCCUGCCAACAUUCAUGUACUGUCUGGGCAGCGGGAACUUUGAUGUAGUGCAGACGGCCUUGAGAAACUUGCCUGAAUAUGUGCUGCUCUGUCAAGAACAUGCCGAUAUUCUCCUCCAUAAGGCGUUUUUAGUGGGCAUCUACGGUCAGAUUGACACCAGCUCCAUGAUAGCAGAAUCCAUGAAGGUCUUGCGCAUGGAGGCAACGACAUAGACAUCCGUUUCAAACAUAUCUCAACUAUGCUGUGAAUGCUGUGAUGGAAGUCUAUUUGCCAUGAAAGUGCAAGUUGUUGUCGUCUAAUGUCACAGAUUUCAUCUGUGUGGAGACGAGAAGGGAGAACAGCGUGCCAAUGAACGCUGCUCUCAGCCUCGGCUAAAUUAACCGUGCUGGUAAUUGUUCAAUCACACACACCAAAGAUCCCUGUGUGAAGAGUGCAUGAGGGCUGAGAGUGAGUGUGCGGGUGUCUGGUUACACUGGGGUCUGAGGAAGCGGGUUAUCUGUGUUUCGUAGAGGGCGAUCGAUGGACAUGCCCGCACUGGCGGCUGGAGGACUGACAAGUCCAAGUCCACCUGAUGAAAGGAGCUUCUUCCUGUGUUCCGUUUCAUGCUCUGUGCUCUGCUUUUAACAUGUCAUAAGUGGAAUUUGUGAAUCUUCAUCUCUUCUGUGUUUUGAACUCAAUGCCAGGCAUGUUCCAUUAUUAGGGUGCAGGGAAGUAUGUACAUUUACUGCUAAAUUAUUGACUCGUGAGUUUAGCACGUACAGGAUGAUUAUUGUUGUUAUUAAGGGAAACACAUAUAAACAUUUGCUGUUAUAGCACAAGUGAAAAUCAGUAAAAUAGUGAAAAGGUAUCAUUAAUGGAAAAUACUCAAUGUCAUGAUAAGAAUAGACUAUGAAUUCAGAUUGAAUGAUUCGUAUCAAUUGGCCAAGAAUUAGU